AUGCCACCAAAAAAUGCCAAGGCAAGCGGAUCCUCCAACAAGGUCAAGGAAGACAAGACCUUUGGAAUGAAAAAUAAAAAUAAAUCAGCCAAAGUCAAGCAGCAAGUAGCACAAAUCCAGGCGCAAGCCGCCGUUACCGGCAAAUCACGUACUACUCUCGAGAAAGAGAAGGAAAAAGCUCUACGGGAAAAGGCAAAGUUAGAUGAAGAGAAACGCAAAAAGGAAGAAGCAGCAUUCUUCAAGCCGGUACAGACUCAGAAAGUACCGUUUGGCGUUGACCCCAAGACAGUGCUGUGUGUGUUCUUCAAGACCGGGACCUGCGAGAAGGGGAACAAGUGCAAGUUCAGCCACGAUGUCAAUGUGGGCCGGAAGGUGGAGAAGAAGAAUUUGUACGAGGAUACGAGAGAGGAGAAACUCAAAGAUACGAUGGAUACAUGGGACGAGGAAAAGCUCCGCAGCGUCGUGCUCUCGAAAUCAGGAAAGCCUCGCACAACUACAGAUAUUGUCUGCAAACAUUUUAUUCAAGCCAUCGAAACAGAAAAGUUUGGAUGGUUCUGGGAAUGUCCAAAUGGCGAAAACUGCAUGUAUCGGCAUGCCUUACCGCCCGGAUUUGUCCUUAAAUCUCAAAGGAAGGCUCUGGAAGCCGCAGCGAAAGCUAAUACCAUCAGUAUUGAAGAAUUUCUUGAAGUUGAGCGUCACAAACUGGGCCCUAAUCUUACGCCAGUGACGCCUGAAACAUUCGCUCAUUGGAAAAAGACACGUAUGGAUAAAAAAGAGGCAGAAGAAGAAGCUUUGCGCAAGGCCAAGGACGCUCAGCAUGCUGCAGGAAAGAACGUCGGCAUGAGUGGUAGAGAUCUGUUCCAAUACAACCCUGAAUGGUUCGAGGAUGAGGAUGAAGAUGGCUCUGAAGACUGGGACUUUGAAAAAUAUUUGAAAGAGAAAGCUGAGGCAGAUGCUGCAGAGGAGGGCUAUGAUUAUGAAAUUCAAGGCAUUCGAGAGGAAGGCGCUGAGGGUAGCGGGGGAGGGCAAGAUUAA